UCUUACUUCGAUGUUUUUUCCUCAAAGAAAUGUUAGACACACCCGCUGCUAGCAUUACCAUUCAUUAAGAUCCAUCAGACGUUACCACUGGAAUUGGACAUAAAAAGAGUUGUGACUCACUGUGAAAGAGCAUCGCUGAUAAAACAUGGCAAGAUUUAGCAGUGAUGUUGAAACCAUUAUUAAAGCUCUCAACCUUCAACGGCAUCCUAUUGAAAAUGGCUAUUGGCGAUUGGUGUUUGAUUCUCCCUGUAAUAAUUAUAGUUCAACACACCAAGGCGAGGAGAGAGAAACGUUCUCAUACAUUUAUUAUCUCUUGGAAACAACUGACUGGAGUCCCUGGCAUAGGAUGAAAGGUACACAGGAAUUUUGGACACAUCAUAAAGGGGGAACAUUACAGAUUCACAUGAUUCUGCCAGAUGGCACCUAUCAUCUGCAGCAACUUGGUGAUCCGUUUGUUGAUGCUGAGUCAUCAUUAGACUGCGUCAUUCCGCCUGACACAUGGUUCGCACUUGAUAUGAAGGACAAGGCAUCCUACACAUUGGCAAUAAGUUGCUGCGUGCCUGGUUUUGACCAACGUGAUAUGGAAAUGUUGACAAGGAAAGAAAUGGUCAAGAUAUUUCCUCAACACCAGAUAAUCAUUGAAAAGUUUACGAAUGCGUAAAAGUUCCUACAUCAAAGGAAGGUGCCUUUAAAAUUCUUGUAUCAUAAAUUAACAUAACAUACUUUUUAGUGCUAAAUAAUGGUAUAAGCAUAAGAUAUGAAUAAUGUGAAAAGGUUUAAUUUUUUACAGCUAAAUUGUCUCUAACAUGUCUAUAUGAAGUUCUACUAAAAUUACAUUUCGUAUAUAUAUAUAUAGAAAAUAAAUAUAGAAAAAUAGAAUGAGGUGUCAAAUUUUAAUUAGCGAGUUUUCGAGAGUAAUUCUGUUCAUCAGGUUAUACAAAAACAACCAGGUUGUUUUUAACAAAUAGUUUGUUUUUGUAUAGCCUGAUGAAGAGACAUUUAAAUUUGACACCUUAUUCUAUAUUUCUACAUUUAUUUUCUAUAUUUUACGUGUUUCAAAAUAAUGGCAAAAUUUGGGAUGGCUCAAGUUUCUCAUUUGCUCAAUUUAAAAGAAAAAAAUUCAGAACACAGUGUUAAAAUGUGGUUUUGUUGUUUUUUCAUCGUAAGGCCCACUGCAAUAGUAAUUUUGCAUAGUAUAAUUUGCUUUUAUAUAGUAUCAUGAUGAAGUUGGAAAUUUUUUUUUUUUUAAAUGUCACGUAUAGUGUAUUGCAUUUACUCAUAGCUACAUGAUCAAUAAAUAGUGGGUUUCUGAUGGAUAGCUUGAUAA